UAAGACUGUCAAUCCAAAACAGAACAUAAGACCAAAUAUGAUUAUUCUUGACACAAAGGAGGGAAGAGAGCUUGGUGUCUGGGUGGGGAAGGAAAGGAACGGCCUUUGGUUUAUCCGAAUCCCAAUUCUCUCAUUGCUUUAGAGAGAGAAAGAAGGCAGAAAUCAGAGAGAGAGAGAGAGAGAUAGAGAGAGCCAGAGAGAGAAUCGAAAUCGAUAGUGUCUGUCGUCGUUUCGGAUUGGGAUGGUUGAAUUAUAAGCGAGCAUUUCGCAUGCAUUUUGUCGCUGAUUCCGGGGGCGAUGAUUUUCUGCCGAUGGACUGGCGCGAUUGUUUGACUCAGUGAUUUGGUCUGGCCGUUGAUUGGGCCGUAGGUAGAUAUGAACGGCGGCAAUGAUGCAGAGCUAUCGGAUGCUCCGGCGGGGCCACCACCGCCGCUCGAGUGGAAAUUCUCUCAGGUCUUCGGUGAACGGACGGCGGGUGAAGAAGUUCAAGAAGGGAUGCCCUCUGGCUCUGGGAACCUUUCUCUCUCUCAAACACUUUUGUCACAACCUUCUAUCUUUCCCCCUUAUCACAUGGUUGCUCAGUGCUUAGUGUCGCCGUUGAUUCACAACUUUGAUUGCUGGAUGUCACUGUCGAUUCACAAACACAAAUUGCUAGCUGAGCCGCCAUCGAUUCACAAACACGAAUUGAUGUUUCCAUGCUCACCUGCUCGGUGUCUCCGUUUCCAUGCAACACGAAUCGGUUCACAUCUCCAAUUGCUUGGUGCUGCAUUUGAUUCAACUUAAAAGGGUUGAUAUCAUCUCAGCAAUUGAAUUUGAUAACACUGGUGACCACCUUGCUACUGGUGAUCGGGGGGGCAGAGUGGUAUUAUUUGAGAGAACUGACACAAAGGAUCAAGAUGGAAGCCACAAAGAUCUAGAGAGGAUGGAUUACCCAAUUCAUAGACAUCCAGAGUUUCGUUAUAAAACCGAGUUUCAGAGCCAUGAACCUGAGUUUGAUUAUCUAAAGAGCUUGGAGAUUGAGGAGAAAAUAAACAAGAUCAGAUGGUGUCAAACAGCUAACGGAGCCUUAUUUCUUCUAUCUACUAAUGAUAAAACUAUUAAAUUCUGGAAGGUGCAAGAGAAGAAGGUAAAAAAAAUUUCAGAAAUGAACACUGACACUUCGAAAGCUGUUGGAAAAGGUGGCAUGGCUGGUUCAAGUUUCUCUUCUAGCCCUAAACCCUUUGUUGCAAAUGGAGGGUACCCGGGCAGAUCUUAUAGUUAUUUGAGCAAGGAUUUCUCAUUCCCACCAGGGGGCAUUCCAUCGCUGCGUUUACCUGUGGUAAGCAGUAAUGAGACUAGCCUUGUGGCAAGAUGUAGAAGGGUUUACGCCCAUGCACAUGACUAUCAUAUCAAUUCUAUUUCAAAUAACAGUGAUGGUGAAACAUUCAUAUCAGCUGAUGAUCUGCGAAUAAAUCUUUGGAAUUUGGAAAUUAGCAAUCAAAGUUUCAAUAUCGUUGAUGUCAAGCCUGCAAACAUGGAGGAUUUAACUGAGGUGAUAACAUCAGCAGAAUUUCAUCCUUCUCAUUGUAACAUGUUGGCAUAUAGUAGUUCAAAGGGGUCAAUCCGCCUUAUUGAUUUGCGGCAAUCAGCUUUGUGUGAUACACAUUCUAAAUUGUUUGAGGAGCAGGAGGCAGCUGGUUCUAGAUCUUUUUUCACAGAAAUAAUAGCAUCGAUUUCAGAUAUUAAAUUUGGAAAGGAUGGAAGAUACUUACUAAGUCGUGAUUACAUGACGCUGAAGCUAUGGGAUAUUAAUAUGGAUUCAGGCCCAGUUGCAACCUUCCAGGUUCAUGAGUAUCUAAGACCUAAGCUAUGUGACCUAUAUGAAAAUGAUUCCAUCUUUGAUAAAUUUGAGUGUUGCUUGAGUGGUGAUGGGCAGCGUGUGGCAACAGGUUCUUACAGCAACCUAUUCCGCGUGUUUGGCUGUGCUUCAGGAAGUGCUGAAUCCUCUACUUUGGAAGGCAGCAAAAACCCUACGAGGAGACAAGUUCAGACCCCAUCAAGGCCUUCCAGGUCCCUCAGCAGUAUAACACGUUCUGUUAGACGAGGAGCCGAAAGCCUAGGAGUUGAUGCAAAUGGGAGUUCUUUUGAUUUCACAACAAAGUUGCUCCACCUAGCUUGGCACCCAACCGAAAACUCAAUUGCCUGUGCUGCUGCAAACAGCUUGUACAUGUACUACGCAUGAAGAUGGUCCGGGAAGAAAUUCAUUGUCGGUUGUUUAACAUCUUAGGGUUGCUGUUGGAGAUAGCUCUUUUUCCUUUUUGUACCAUCCAGCAACAUAGGCUUCAAGAGACAGAUCAUGGAUGGCAAAGCAAGAUGUGUUCCUCCACGGGCGGCCAGAUUGCUCAUCCCCCACCUCUCUUCCUUCUGAUUCGCCCUCCCUCGAUCAUCAAAAGGAAAGAUGCAGUUUGGUGACUGUAGCAUGAUGGAAAAUGGAGUGUGCCCGAUGUGCCACUAGUUUUUAAGACAAACGUGAGGGGAGAAGGCGCUGGUAAAAUGCAGCCAAUCCAGCUUAUUGAAUUUUACUGUAUGGUCCAGAAAGUAGUAGAGUUCAUUGUCGGGAUGGAUGGAUAAAUCUUCUUCUGAUUCUAAUUCUGAUUCUGAUUGUUGUCGUAGUUCUUUCUACAAUUAAGCAGUUCCAUCUUUCUUUCUUUCUU